CACGCGCACCAUGGGGAAUUCCAGAAGCGUAACUGAGAAAAAGAGAUGGACAAGUACGAGCGGAUCCGAGUGGUGGGAAGAGGUGCCUUCGGAAUCGUGCACCUGUGCCUUCGAAAGGCUGACCAGAAGCUGGUGAUCAUCAAGCAGAUCCCAGUGGAACAGAUGACCAAAGAAGAGCGGCAGGCGGCCCAGAACGAGUGCCAGGUGCUCAAGCUGCUCAACCACCCCAAUGUCAUCGAGUACUAUGAGAACUUCCUGGAGGACAAGGCGCUCAUGAUCGCCAUGGAAUACGCCCCAGGUGGUACCCUGGCUGAGUUCAUCCAGAAGCGCUGCAAUUCUCUGCUGGAGGAGGAGACCAUCGUCCACUUCUUCGUGCAGAUCCUGCUGGCGCUGCACCACGUGCACACGCACCUCAUUCUGCAUCGGGACCUCAAGACGCAGAACAUCCUUCUCGACAAGCACCGUAUGGUUGUCAAGAUCGGUGACUUUGGCAUCUCUAAGAUCCUCAGCAGCAAGAGCAAGGCCUACACGGUGGUGGGUACCCCAUGCUACAUCUCCCCUGAGCUGUGUGAGGGCAAGCCCUACAACCAGAAGAGUGACAUCUGGGCUCUCGGUUGUGUCUUAUAUGAGCUAGCCAGCCUCAAGAGAGCCUUUGAGGCUGCGAACUUGCCGGCCCUGGUGCUCAAAAUCAUGAGUGGUACGUUUGCACCCAUCUCUGACCGGUACAGCCCGGAGCUGCGCCAGCUCGUCCUGAGUCUGCUCAGCCUGGAGCCUGCGCAGAGGCCACCCCUCAGCCACAUCAUGGCGCAACCCCUCUGCAUCCGGGCCCUCCUCAACCUCCACACCGAUGUGGGCAGCGUCUGCAUGAGGAGGGCAGAAAAGUCACUGACCGCAGGACCACCCAUGGUCCCUGGUGGCACAGGGAGCAGGGCCGCCAGUGCUCGAUGCAGGGGCAUCCCCCGGGGACCUGUGAGACCGGCCAUCCCACCUCCACUGUCUUCCGUGUACACGUGGGGUGGUGGCCUUAGCGUUCCGCUGAGGCUGCCAAUGCUCAACACUGAGGUGGUCCAGGUGGCCGCAGGGCGCACACAGAAGGCUGGCGUCACACGCUCUGGCCGCCUCAUCCUGUGGGAGGCUCCACCCCUGGGCGCUGGAGGAGGCACACUCCUCCCGGGGGCUGUAGAGCUGCCUCAGCCCCAGUUUGUCUCACGUUUCCUGGAGGGCCAGUCGGGUGUGACCAUCAAGCAUGUGGCCUGCGGGGACCUGUUCACGGCUUGCCUGACUGACCGAGGCAUCAUCAUGACCUUUGGCAGUGGCAGCAACGGCUGUUUAGGCCAUGGCAACGUCACUGACAUCAGCCAGCCCACCAUUGUCGAAGCCCUGCUAGGCUACGAGAUGGUACAGGUGGCCUGUGGGGCCUCUCAUGUGCUGGCCCUGUCUACAGAUGGAGAACUGUUUGCCUGGGGCCGAGGAGAUGGUGGUAGGCUGGGCCUAGGCACCAGAGAGUCUCAUAACUGCCCCCAGCAGGUGCCUGUGCCCCCAGGACAGGAAGCUCAAAGAGUAACCUGUGGCAUUGACACUUCCAUGAUCCUCACCUUGCCUGGCAAGGCCCUGGCCUGUGGAAGUAACAGGUUCAACAAGCUAGGCUUGGACCACUUAUCCUUAGAGGAGGAGCCUGUUCCCCACCAGCAAGUGGAGGAGGCCUUGAGCUUCACCCCGCUGGCCUCUGCACCCCUGGACCAGGAGCCCCUGCUGUGUGUGGACCUGGGCACCGCUCACUCGGCUGCAGUGACUGCCUCUGGUGACUGCUAUACUUUUGGCAGCAAUCAACAUGGGCAGCUGGGCACCAGUUCCCGCCGGGUCAGCAGGGCACCCUGUCGGGUCCAAGGCCUAGAGGGCAUCAGGAUGGUGAUGGUGGCCUGUGGGGAUGCCUUCACUGUAGUCAUUGGGGCAGAGGGGGAAGUGUAUUCUUGGGGUAAAGGAGCCCGAGGCCGACUGGGAAGGAGGGAUGAGGAUGCUGGGCUCCCUAGGCCAGUGCAGCUUGAGGAAACUCAUCCUUACAUGGUGACUUCAGUGUCCUGCUGCCAUGGGAACACUCUGCUGGCUGUUCGAUGUGAGUUUUCUUUUCCUGUCUCAUCCACACCACUGGGGCUAACCCGACUCUGUCGGAGGCAGUCCCUUUUUUUCUGGUUUAUCCUGAGGCCGGGUUUGCACAAUCUCGGAGGAGAGGAAUGCUGGAGCUGUCGAAUGGUUACUGAGGAGAUCCUGCUGAAAGCUGCCCUUGCCCCUCGCCAUUCCCCAGACCUAGAGACUCAGGGGGAAAGGUAG